AUGGGGAGGUUGAAUCUUAAACAAGAUGAACAUGAACAAACAACAAUAACCCAUUUCAGCCAUAUCCAUCCAUUACAUCUCACAAACAUAAACAAUCAAUUUCAAACCCUAAACCCAUCUAACUCCCCUUGUUCUGCCUGUAAGCUCCCCAUUUCCGGCUCAGUUUAUUCUUGCCAUUACUGCAAAUUCUUUCUUCAUCUCAAAUGCACUCAAAUGCCACAACACAUCAAACAUCCUUUUGAUCGCAACAACAAUCAUGUCUUUUCUCUUCUCCCUGUUCCUCUUUACCCAGGAGGUUAUUUCAAAUGUGAUGCUUGCUGUAAACAAGGAAAUGGAUUUUCUUAUCAUUGCGGAAUUUGUACUAUCGAUCUUCAUCUUCUAUGUGCUUCCAUGCCAUUAUCAUCUUCCCACCAUUCUCACCCCCAUGAACUUCGUCUCUCUUUCUUUCCACCUUAUAAAAAUAAAGGGUUUUCAUGUGAUGUUUGUAAGAACCCAGGAUUGAAUUCGUGGUUAUAUAGAUGUGAUCAUUGUGAAUUCGAUGUUCAUUUGAAUUGUGCCACUUCGAGAAACGAAAACCGUCUUGGACCAACUAUAGUACAUAUCCCAAAUAUAACACCAAUUCCUCCUCCUAGUCAGUCGCCGAACGUGAUGACCAUGAUCACUCAUGGCCUUAUGAAGGGUGUAUCGGAGGAGGCUGGUCAGCAAUUAUUUUCAUUGCUUUCUGGCGGAUUGUUACAGGGCAGCGGCGGGAGUGGAGGGGAGAUGUUGCAGGGUGGCGGAGGCGGCAGCCUGGAUCUAAGCUCUGUUUUGGGUGGCGGUGGCGGCAGCGCCGGCAUGGAUCAAAGCUCUGUUUUGGGUGGCGGCGGCAUGGAUCUAAGCUCUGUUUUGAGUGGUGGCGGCAUGGAUCUAAGCUCUGUUUUGAGUGGUGGCGGAGGUGGCGGCAUGGAUCUGAGCUCUGUUUUGGGUGGAAUGGAUCCAAGUUCUCUUUUGGGUGGUGGAAUGGAUAUAACUGGUGGCCUUGGGGGACUUUAA